AUGAAGUUCCGGAGGACCUUUCGGUUUCACGGGCUGAAGCGGCCGCGUAUCCGCCAGACAUGGAACAAGUACAACCUGUUCAAUCUGCACCAGAACCUGCGGAUGCCCCGCCUGAUCCAGAAGACGUUCUUCCAGCAGAAAUGGGACGCCAAGGCGCUGUCCCGCGGCUAUCACGGCGAGCACAUCAAGGAGCGCCAGUGGGAGCGCAUGUUCAGCCGUCGUCUGGCCUCGGUCGUCGACAUGAACCCGCGCUACAUGGCCGAGUUUGACGGAUCCGAGCAGGCCGAGGGUCGCGGCAGCGGAAAGCAGCGGGAUCCCAGCGCUGGCAGCCCGCAGCUGGCCCCAUGGGCCGGCACCAAUCUGCGGACUACCCAACCGACGCCCUUUAUGCAGAUGACCUUUGCGCCCAUGGAACGGCGUCUCGACAUUGCCGUCUUCCGCUCGCUGUUUGCCAGCAGUGCCCGUCAGGCCCGCCAGUUUGUCGUCCACGGCGCCGUCCGCGUCAACGGAAAAAAGAUGGUCUACCCCGGAUACCUCCUCAAUCCUGGCGAUCUGUUCCAGGUUGAUGUCGAGCGCGUCCUUUUUGCUACUGGCGCUAAGAAGGCUACUCGCCGAGCCGACGUCCGCGCACGAGAGGCCCGGCAGGCCGAGAACGACGAGGACGAUGCAGCCGAAGACGACGCAGCCGAAGACGUCGACGCAGCAGCCGCAGAAACCCUUGCUGUCGACGGCGUCCACAAAAAGGCUGUCCGUGAGCUGCCUUAUCUUGCCGCCCGCGCAAAGUACCUCUUGGCCAACGCCAGCGACGACCUGACCGUCAAGCGGAAAAAGGCCCUCCGUCAGUUCGUCAAGGAUGCCCGUAAGUGGGUUGCCAAGGCAUCGCCGUCCGCAUCCUCCUUUUCUCCCUCUGCAACGAGCCCGCCGCCAUCCUCAGCCAUUCUCGACCGCCUCGCCGAUCUGCUCGCCAGCACUAACCUCGGACCCGACCACACCACCGCUACGGUGUCCGAGCAGCCGGCCGGAACGACCGCAACGACUGCAACGACUGCCAAGACCGCCAAGACCGCCAAUUCAUCCCUGUCCGACGAAGAACGCCGCCGGUUUCACAAGCUGAUUGCUCGCGAUGCCGAGAACCCGCUGGACCCCUCAAAGCCUUACGCAACCCCGUGGCGGCCCCGGCCCUUCAUGGCUCCCUUCGCCUUCAUCCCUCGCUAUCUCGAGGUGAACCAGAACAUCUGUGCUGCCGUCUAUCUGCGCCACCCCGUCGCCCGUCCCGGCAUGGCCGAAGUGCCCACGCCCUUCCCUUACGAGAUCAACCAGCUGGCAUUCAACUGGUACCUGAGGCGCCACUAA